GGACUCGGACUGGUCCUUGGCCUCCGCCCGCGGAUUUUCCGUGGUUGCGGCUGGUGGGGGAGGCGGAGCCCGGGAGGGGCCAGCGACUAUUUCAGGCUGUGGCCCGCCAGGGUCAGGACUAAGGCGUCCUGUCCCGGACACAGCCUAAGCCAGGGCGAUGCUGAAAAUGGUGACUUUCUUCCAAGGGCUUCCUGGCCAACAGUCUGUGCCGGGGACCCUGGACUUCCCUGGAAGCCCCCAAAAGUCACGCUCCACGUCUGAGGCGGAACCGGAGGCCUCCAUGUCAGAGGCUUCUUCCGAGGACCUGAUGCCAUCCCAGGAGGCUGGGAUGGCUCGGGAUGAGGAGGAGGAAGAGUCUGCAAAGAAGGAGAAGAAGAAGUCCAAAGGACUGGCCAACAUGUUCAGUGUCUUCACCAAAGGGAAGAAGAAGAAGAAGAAAAAGGACCAGCCCAGAUUAUCAGAUCCUGAGGUCCAGCCCAAGUCCAGGCCCGAGCUAGAUGGUCCACCGCCCACAGUGGAGGAGCUCAAGGAGGCCCUGGAGAGUGGGCGGCUGGAGGCCGCGUGGCAGGUGCUGGCACUGGAGCGGGAGCUGGAGGCUGAGGCAGCGGCGGCGAGCCACAGGAGCAACGAGGAACUGGUGCGCCAGCAGAGCAAGGUGGAGGCGCUGUACUUGCUGCUGCGCGACCAGGUGCUUGGGGUGCUGCGGCGGCCGCUGGAGGCGGCGCCCGAGAGGCUGCGCCAGGCGCUGGCCGUAGUGUCACAGCAGGAGCUUGAGGACCGUCGGGCGGCCGGGGCACCUGUGGCGGCGGUGCUGGUGGCCACGCGCCCCCGGCGCUGGCUGCAACUGUGGAGGGACAGUGUGGCGGAGGUGGCGGCGGAGCGUCUGGACGCGCAGCCAGCCGUGGUGCCCGAGGGUCGCUCGGAGGCCGAGAUCAGGUUCCUGCACAUGGGCUGCACCAUGAAGGAGGACCUGGAGGCGGUGGUGGAGCGGCUGAAACCGCUGUUCCCUGCCGAGUUCAACGUUGUGCACACCUAUGCCGAAAGCUACCACGCGCACUUCGCAGCCCAACUGUGCACCUUGGCGCAGUUCGAGCUGUGUGAGAGGGACACCUACUUUCUGCUGCUCUGGGUGCUGAACCUCUACCCCAAUGAUAUUCUGAACAGCCCUAAAUUGGCAAAGGAGCUACAGGGUAUCAGGCUGGGGAGCCUCCUGCCCCCUAAGCAGAUCAGGUUGCUGGAGGCGGUGUUCCUGUCCAAUGAGGUGACCAAUGUGAAGUUACUGAUGACCCGAGCCUUAGAGCUAGAGUCUCAGCGCUGGGCCCGGGAUGUGGCUCCCCAGAGCCUGGAUGGCCAUUACCACAGUGAGCUGGCAAUCGACAUCAUCCAGAUCAUCUUACAAGGCCAGGACAAGGCUGAGAACAUCACUCCUGAAGUGGGGGUACAGAUAAGACAGUUGCUACUGGUGGAGCUGGCUGCACUACUGAGGAGCUACCAGCGCACCUUUGAUGAAUUCCUAGAGAAGAGCAAACUGCUGACAAAUUACAGGGCCAACAUCAUCGCCAACAUCAACAACUGCCUGUCCUUCCGAACAUCUGUGGAGCAGAAGUGGCAGAUACCUCAAGAUUCCCUGAACCACAUGCUGGAUCCCUUGAAAGAUCUUAAGGCUCAUGGCUUCGACACCCUGCUCCAGAGCCUGUUUUCAGACCUGAAGCCACUGUUCAAGAAGUUCACACAGACCCGCUGGGCAACGCCAGUUGAGACCCUGGAGGAAAUCAUCACUACUGUGGGCAUCAGGCUGCCUGAGUUCUCAGAACUGAAGGACUGUUUUCAGGAGGAGCUCAUGGGGGCCGUGCACCUGCACCUGGUGAAGGAGUACAUCAUCCGGCUCAGCAAACGGCGCGUGGUCCUCAAGACUGAGGAGCAGCAGCAGCAGCUGGCACGGCACAUCCUCGCCAAUGCCGACGUCAUUCAGCAUUUCUGCACUCAGAAUGGCUCCAACGCAACCUGGCUGAACCAAGCCCUCCCCAGGCUCGCUGAGAUCAUUCACCUGCAAGAUUCCAAUGCCAUUAAGAUUGAAGUGGCCACAUAUGCCACCUUGUACCCUGACUUCAGCAAAGGCCACCUGAACGCCAUCCUGGCCAUCAAGGGAAAUCUACUAAGCAGUGAAGUCAAGAGCAUCCGGAAUAUACUGGACAUCAACACAGGGGUGCAGGAGCCUUCCAGGCCCCUAUUUUCACUUAUAAAAGUUGGUUAACUUUUCCAAAUGUCUGAUGUGCUAAUGAGCACGCAGCAAACGUCAGGCAUCACCCUGGUUGGGGAUGCUCAAUGGCACUGGCACCGUGACCCAUCACCAGCCUCCCACAUUCUGCUGCCAUUUCUCUCAGCCUUGCCUCUGGAACAAGACCUGGCAGCCAGGAUUGGACAUACCACUGUCCAGUGGGGCCCAGAACCCACUGUGGGCCGUUGCCCUGUGAGCACGCAAGAAUUUUCUCAUAAAUGAUGGUUCAUCUUGGGCGGACUGCCCCUACCUUCUACAUUACAGUCUGUCUCCUAAUGGUGCCCCCUCAGGUGGCUCUGAGUAGCCCCUUCGAGCUCCCUAGGACCAGUGACGAAGCUUCAUCCUGAUUUCUUCAGCCCGUGGGCUGCCAUGAGAUAGAGCUGAAAACGAAGAAAGAAAAGGUCAUCUUUGUAUCUGGGGCCUGGAAGGAGCCUUGUAGGAUGCUGUGGCAGCGCUGGCAUCAGAACCACUUCCAUAGUGGCCCCCUGGCCCUGCAAGUAGCUCCUGGUACCACUCAGCCUGGAGGACCCACUCCUUCACUCCUGUAGGCUGCCCCUGUGUGGGUAAAGCCCUAGGGCGCCUGGGUUCUCUCAGGCCACACCUUCCCCCAUGUAGGAAUAAGCACCUCCGCAGGCCCACCCUCUGAAGUCUGGGCAGGAACCCAGGGGUCCUCCAAGUGCUUGAUCAGCUUCCUGUUGGUGUUGUACCAUGUUUCCACACAUCCACCGAGUGAGUUUGAACCACAACUUUGCUUACAGUUCUGCAAAUUGUGAAAUGUGACCCAGGCUUGGAAUCUAGGUGUGGUCGGGGCCCAUUGCUCCUGGAGGCCCCAGGGAAAAUCAUUUCCUGGGCUUCCCCAGUUUUUACAUGCUACCCACAUCUCUUGUCUGAGGCCCUUGUACCUUCAGAGCCAGGAACAGCUACUAUGUCCUUCAUGCCCCCCUCCCCCAGUGUCUACUGCUUCUGAUCCCGCUGUGAUUUAGGACCCUGGUGAUUGCACUGAAUCUGCCUGGAGACUUAUUAGCAGCCUUGAUUCCAGCUGCAAAUUUAAUUCCUGUUUGACGCAUCACCCAGUAGUCAUUGGCUCUGGGGACCAGUUGGUCCCACAGGGUCUACAACUGGAAAACAGGAACUCAAUUUCCCAUCAUGCACCUGCUACUCCACAGACCCUGCUCCUCUCUAGCUGUGAAAGUCCUUCUUAGCACUGACCCAGCCUUGAUUAUUCCUCAUGGUUCAAGGCUAGGGUUUGAAGCCCUGCCUCCAGGUUUAUCCCCUUUCCAGGUACUUGCCUUACAAAACUGGCCAGGAAUUGGCCAGUGUGAGCAAUGCACAAAGGCCUUCACAUUUCUGUAGAUGUUAGCUUGUUUGAUGACAUUAAUGUUUUUAAUAAUAUAUUUAUAGUGUUGAUUUCGUAUGUGUGUACCCAGGACAGA